UGAAAGAAAAUCAUCAUCGCAAAUACUCAAGAAUAAUUUACUGCGUCUACUACUCCAAUUUCCUGCAAUCUCCUCGGUCGAUCGCUCCAGCUGCCACUCUACAGUCGUGUUCGUGCAGUACCCCAAAAAUAUUGUAGGCGUUUUCUAAAGGGAUGGUGAAAAAUCUUGUUGAAAUAUGAUCGAUUGAGAGAUGGGGCGAGGGAUCUCAGCGUUGUUUCAGCCCAAGAAUGUUUUGAUUUUCUUCGCGGCAUUACUUCUGAUAUUUCUCGCCUAUUCCUUCUCUAAAGAGGGGGUAGAAGAGGUGGAAGAGUUGUAUGAAAUCACCCAUAGAGUGUUUAUGGAUGUCGACAUAGAUAAGCAGCGCAUAGGGAGAAUUACAAUUGGCUUAUAUGGUGAUGUUGUGCCGAAGACUGUAGAGAAUUUCAGGGCACUGUGUACAGGGGAGGUCGGCAAAGCUAAAAACGGUAAAGUUCUGCACUAUAAAGGAACUCCAUUUCACCGUAUCAUACCAGGGUUCAUGAUUCAAGGCGGAGACAUCGUCUCUGGGGAUGGAAAAGGGAAUCAAUCUAUAUAUGGUGGCACGUUCCGUGAUGAGAAUUUCAAGCUGAAGCAUUCUCACGCAGGCAUCGUGGCCAUGGUGAAUUCAGGGCCUGAUUCUAAUGGAUCGCAGUUUUUCAUCACAACGGUCAAGGCUUACUGGUUGGAUGGAGAGCACGUUGUGUUUGGGAAAGUGGUUGACGGGAUGGACACGGUGUAUGCCAUCGAGGGCAGUGCGGGAACCUACAGCGGGAAGCCGAGGAAGAAGGUAAUUAUAUCAGAUUCUGGGGAAAUUCCAAAGAGCGAAUGGGAUGAGGAAAGUAGAAUUUCAGUAACAUAAGAUAUUUUUUCCUAAGUUUUUGGACUGGUUUCAUUAGUAUUAUUCAACCUGCCUUUUUAUACAUAUAUAUUAUGGUGCACUUGCAUCGGAAACUGCUCUGCAACGACUGAGUUUAUUACAAAGAGAGAACUCUCCUCCUUGAA